UGAUUCUCAUAAAAAGGCCAUUUUUAUGGGGGAAAGUCUUUAAUUGACAAAAUCUUUUAGUUUGUUUCAAAUCAUGUUUUAGUUAGAUCAGAUAACAUUUUAAGCUUGAAAACAUGUUGUUACAUUUCACUUCAAUACUUUUGGCGUAAAUAAUGAAAGAAUUAUAGGCCUACCUGUCUUGAAACAAAACAACAAAGUUGUACCUGACAUGUGAAAUUAAUUUGGGAAAAAAUGAAUACUCUAAAGUAGAUUUACACUGAGAGUCAUUCGGUUGUGCCCUGCUCUCCUCAUAUAAAACAUUAGAUUCAAUGUGUUACAGUAUGAUGAUUGCCGGCGUUGAGUUAUUUUACUUCCUACUACCAAAACUACCAAAAAAGGUCAUGUUUUAAGCUUGUAUAGAGGUGCUCAAUCGCUCAGCAAAUCAAAUAUGGGCGGGACUGAACAAUAUUCCUGCAUGUGGUCUUCCUGUUCGGGUUGUGCCGUCACCGGGGUUUAUAAGUGUGAAUGGGUGAACCGGUUUCACUUUCAAACUAUCCUCAAACACCAGCAGCGGUCCGAAACAGAGCUGAAUAGUAGAAAUAUGGCUAAAAUUAAAGAAAGAAUUGUCGAUCUGGAAGAAAAAACAGAAGAGCUUGAAAAUAGGACAGCAGACUUUGAACAAACCACACACGAUCUGGAAACUAGAACUAAUGAGCUUGAACAACAAAUAGAAGAUCUUGAAGCAAGAAUCAUUGAACUGGAGGAAAAAUUUCCAUCCAAAACUGAGGAGUCAGACAAUGAAGAAGUUGAAGAAGAAGAAGAAGAAGAUGAUGAUGAAGAAGAAGAAGUUGUUGAAGUGAAGAAGUUGAAGAGGAGACUUGAAGAAGUCGAAGACUGUAAAGAAGUUGGAGUGAAGAUGUUGAAGAAUGGCUGCUAAAACACAAGAUGCCGUUUACAACUGGCAAGAACUCUUGAAGACCUCAAAUUUUGAACAAAUUUAUGUAAAUCAGGCCAAAUAAGAGUUUGUUGUAUUUCUCAUCUGUCACAUUCAAAUUGAACAACUGUGAUCAACUACAUAAUAACGUGUUGUGUACAUGUUGUCACAGUGAAACUUACCAUUAAACUAUCAUAAUGUGUGUCA